AUGACACCCGCCAAUGCAUUCGAAACUCACGUUGGCCACUUCUGGGGUAUCCUCAACACUCGAGACUACAUGCGUGCACGGUUCGCGUUGGCAGAUACUGUCCGCAGAGCAGGGACACUGGACGGUAUCAAUGAAGCACUGGACCAUUUGCGGGAUAUGAUGCGGCUAUGUAGGUCUGACAACAUGGGGCUACGGGAUAUCAUCCCGUCAUUGAUGCUACAGCUGGAUAUGGACCAAGAAUGCUACGACUUCAUCAAGUGGUAUCAGACAGAAGGUCAGCGUGGUGACUACGAUUGGGAUAAUAUGGACCUGCCGUUCUUCAACAUCAAAGGUGCCAAUGUGCUGGAAGACGUCGGAUACCUGGACCGAAAGUGGGGAGGUGUUCAGCAUCUCUCAGCAGUCAUGUUGCUCAAACUGAAACUGCUCAUCGACAUAAUCAACAUCAAGCUUGCUCGUAAAGUGACUACAGCCCGAUUGCCACCUGAGCUAUGGAAGCGGAUCGAGCUGUACGUAUCGUAUCAAACCAUCACGGGCGUGCAGCAGAAGCUUGAACUUCACGUUAAGCUUCUUGCCAGAACAAUCCAGAACCUCAACGAACACUUCGUCUCCACCCUGUUGGACGCUGACGAAUACCUUUAUGGUCCACCAGAAUCAUAUUCGGCAGGAUCAUUUGAGGAAAUGCUACUGCUUUUGCAUUCCAGCUAUGCCGCUUGGUGGCAGCACGAGGGGGUCUUGGAGCUGCUGCAAUCCGCCAAAUCUAUCCCAGCCAAGGAUUCGGAGGAGGAGAUCGAGGGUAUGAUGGAUACCUUCACUUUCAGGAACAAUCCUGGGUCAGACAGGAGCAAAGAAGAAUUGCUUGACGAUGUGAGUCGCAACCGGCUUUGGGGGUACUUCAGCGAUGCCGUAGAAGAUGCCAUGAGUCUGAGCGAAACUCGUCCUUCCGAAGUCAAGAGGCUAGAGGCAAAAGCAGCAUGGGAGGCAGAAGAAGCGGAAGAACGUGAUUUCAUGGAUGAUGACUACGAGAGCGAUUCGGACUGA